UCACACUAUCUAAAUUUAUAAAUUCGUGCAAGUAAACAAUUUACGUUUUAGCAUUUACAUAUAUUUUACAGAAAAAGUAAAAAGUAAAGUAAAAAGUAAAGAGAGCAAUGAGCACACAGCGCGGCAAUGCCAGCCGCACACGUGCCCAGAAGCACAAAAAUCGGUUUGUCUUUAAAAACGACCUGCACGACAAAACACCGCAACAGAUUCGCCUCAAUCAGAUGCAUGUGUCCACUGUUUGCCAGCGGUGCAAGGAGGUCAUCGAAUGGAAGAUCAAAUACAAGAAGUACAAACCCCUCACACAGGCGAAGACUUGUACCAAAUGCCAGCAGCGGACUGUGAAGAAGGCAUACCAUGUCAUUUGUAGAGAUUGUGCGAUUAAGGCACGUGCCUGUGCCAAGUGCCUGAAAACGGCAGAUGAGGUAUCAAUUGAAGCGCCGGAGCCAACGCCGCAAGAGGAGCAGCAAUUGAAAGUCGAAAUGGAUCGUCUAAUCAAAUCGUUCUCAGAGCGCAAGCGUAGAGCAUUUUUGCGUUUUAUGGCCAAGGGUAAAAAGGAUAAACAGGCAGAAGAAGAGGAAUUGGACGAUGAGGCUCUGGCUGCUAAAGAAAAGGCUAAGAGAAUUGCCCAUACCAGAGAUGAACUGCUGGAGAAAAUUAAGGAAUUGAAUUUGGCAGAAGAAGAUGAGGACGAAUUCGACGACGAUGAAGAUGAUGAUGAUGAAAACGAGGCGGAUAGUGGGACAGACUUUGAUUCAGAAGAUGCAGAGGAAGAUAGUGAAGAGGAGAAAAGAACUGUAGUUAGCAAAUAAAAUGAAUUGUUUUCUUUGA